AUGUUUGGCAAAAGGACGACGUCGCGGAAGCCUGGAGCAGAGCUCAUCGGGGAGUUUCAACAAAAGUUUUCCCAUGUCAUCGCAGACCCCUUUCUCACGCAGGCGCCACUCGAGCACGCCAACGCGAAGCUCGCAAACCCUCCCAUCCUUCCAUCACAACAAUACCAUGCCCCGUUCAACGAUUCCCUGGCGAUCCCGAACGUAGUUGACUAUGUCACUCAUCCAGGUCAGCAAGUCGGACAUCUUACUCCAACCGCUAAUCAGAUGUGCGCCGUAGUCCAUAGUCCUGCAGGUGACCUUCACACUCCAACUGUUGAAUGGAAUCUGGCCAGCACGCCUUGGAUAUGGGAUCAGAUGCUCAGCGUACAGCCAGACCUUCAGAAUCAACAACCACAACCACAACCACAACAACCAAAUGGACACGCGACGACGGCAACCCGAGGUGUGGACGUCUUCGAGUCGCAUUACCAGCAUCAUCUGUUUCAGAACAUGGACCCGUUUGCGUCAAACCACAUACUACCAAGCAACGUGUCGUUCGGUGCAAACUCAGACUACGAUCCAUUGGAUACGUCGAAUCAUCAAGACUCAUAUACAGAAUCGUUGGGACAUGCCACGCAGCUUCCACUGCCGGUGGCCUCGGACGCGAUCGAUCGCGCCGACUUUCCCUCCAAGCUAGAGACUCCAUUCCGCUACCGUGUCACUCUCCACGCUCCCACCGCUAUUGCGGAUCAUGCGCAUGAACCGCCAGUCACCUAUCUCAACAAGUCCCAGGCAUACUCGGUAUCCAUUGUCGACUCCACGCCCCCAGCGCAUGUCCCCCAGCCAGUGAAAUAUCGCACGAGUGUGAGAAUCAGCUUUGAGGAAGCGGCGCAUCGAUCGAACCCCGCCAGGUGCUGGCGGCUUUGGAAGGAAGCGCGAGGGGCGGUCGAGGCCCAGCAACGAGGGGGAAAGAUGCGAGCGUUGGAGUUUGUGGACCUGCGGUUGGGAUCGAAGAAGAACGCGCCCCGUAUAAAAAAGGUGGACAGCGCCUCCUUUGAUGGGUUUUGUGUAACCUGGACGGGCACUCCGGGAGCGGGUUCUUCCGAGUGUGUGGUCAAUGUUCGCUUGAAUUUUCUGUCUACGGAUUUCAGUCUUUCCAAGGGUGUCAAGGGCGUUCCUACUAGGUUGUGCGUCAAGACGGAGAUGAUUGGCCUCGAGGAUGGCACGCCUGCACCGGGAAUUGGUACCGAAGCCGAGAUUUGCUACUGCAAGGUCAAGGUGUUCCGGGACCACGGAGCGGAAAGAAAGCUGUCCAACGAUGUGGCGCAUGUGCAGAAAGCGAUUCACAAGGUCGAACGACAAAUCGCGCAGGGAGAUAUCGACGGCAAUAAUGGUCUUGGAAAGCGGAAACGCCGAAAGGGCGUGGGACACGGGUUGACCAAGAAUCAUACCGUGUCGAUGAGCCUGUCUCCCAGCCGUUCCAACAGUCUGACGGGAAUAGACGAUCUGCAUCGGGCUCUGUUCGAGCUGCGCAACCUCUUCUCGUCCUCCCAGCCAGUGAGCGUGCUCUCGCUGCAGGGCGAUGUGCUGGAUGAUCCGGAUCAAUCACCAGUCUCUCUGCCUCGGGACUCUUCCACGCCUGUGUCUCUUGGACGAGGCAGUGUGUCGGAGACUGAUGCAGGGGUCAACUUUCAUGGCGACCUCGUGCAACUUCCUCGUCGUCCUUUCGGGAGGGAAGGAAGUACCGUUGAGCCGAAGACGGAAUCUCCAGAUCUGGUCUUCAGCGAUCUAAAUGGUCGAUCUUCGCCGGAGUCGGAUAACGGUGAUCGUGCAUCCAGCUAUCGGCAUGUGGCCUGUUUCUACGUGCGAAUCCAGGACAACAAGCAGCAGGAGCCCUACUACCGCGCCGUAUACCUCAGUGAGCGAACAACAUCCGACUUCAUUUGCCAACUGUCAAAAAAGUACAACGUCCAUCCAGACCGUAUCCUCCGUCUCGUCCAUACCACGCCGAACAGUCUACGUAUCGCCGUCGACGAUGAUGUCGUUGCGGAAAUCCCCGAAGGACAGGAUAUGAUUGCUCAAUUCACCGAGGUUCCUGCUCAGUUGAGCAGCGACGGACAGGACGAGGGAGAGGGAUAUAGCACCGGGUACGAGGUUCAGUUGGUUUUUUAG